AUGAUGAGCAAUAGUGGCAUUAUGCCUCAUAAAACGAAUAUGAUACAUAUCAAUCAAAUAGAAGAGAAUUCGGUUUCCGCAACUACACCAACAACAGAACAACAUACAUCUACAAAACAAAAUAGAAUCAAAAGAACAAAAGAAGGUGAUGAUUCAUUUGAACAUGAACAUCGUGUGGUUAAUACACGUAACCAAUACUUAAAUAGCGCUGGCUCUCGGUCAAUACAACAACAACAGCUAAAUCCAACGACAUCUCGUACUGCAGUAAGCCACGGAGACUCGACAACCACACGUUCAACGUUUCCGCCUUUUCGGAUUACCUUUGUAGCUGAUAGUACACCAUCGGAAUUAUCAAUCAUCAAAGAUAUUAACAAACAUUGUCGUAUUGGACUUUCAUAUGGUCGUUACUCAUCUACUGGUAGUAAUAAAUGUUUUCUUCUAUAUGCCAAUAGUAGUGAACAAUUUGAUCGUUUGAUGGACAAAACAACAUGGCCAAUUCAGAUAUGUUCUUUAGAUUAUGAAAUUACUUCCCCAUCAAAAGUACCAACAUCUUAUUCAAUUGUAGAUAUUGGUGUUCCUGCUCAAUGGAAAUGA